UUGUGCCUCGAACUCUGCUGUGAUUGUGAUUGCCGCAGGCUUUUCAGGUCAAUGUUAAUUCCUGGAGCGUCGUGUGUACAGGAAGAGGACGUAGACACGAGAGAGUAUGUCGUCAUUUCUGACACACCGCGCUCAUCGACUGGCCAACCGGCACAGAAGGGAGAUCGUGAAAAUUCCUUAUUUUCACCGCAAUCGAUGCAGCAUCAGGGAUUCUCCCUGAAGAAUCGGGGCGCGUCGAUGCUGUUGUGGGCUUUGCUUGCGGCCUCGGCGGUUCUCACGUGGCACUCGUACAUGCUCGGAGAGCGACUGGACAACCUGGUGAAGGUGGUUUCGCGGCUGCACGGAGCCCUGCAGCCCAUGCACGAGGCGCAGAAGCGACUCGCCGAAAAGGACGAGGAGAUCGAGCAGAAGGUGAAAGAAGAGAUCGCAGCCAGGAAGAACUCGACCCAAAUAGCGCAGGGCAUGAUGAGCGAUGCCGAGCGGCUCCUCCAGAUCGCUCUUGAACGGAUUGAGCGAAUCUCCGGCGCCGCCAAAAUCUCCGAAGAUACCAAAAAGCUCGUCAAGGAUGCCUUGAAGAACAUCACAUAUGACGCCAAAACUCUUUACACGCAUGACGAAGCUGAGGUUCAAAAGAUGUUGGAGAUGGAGCAGGAGGACUCAAACUUGAUCAAUUAUGUGAGGCGGAAGAUGUGGGUGACCCCGUCGCCUCGCACUGUGCCCUACAACCUACGCAGUCCAGGCAAGAUGGACCGGAGCGAAGGCCAGUUGCCCGCCUUUCUCGACAUAUUUGAAAAUUCUACAGGGAAAUACUUUAUCGAGUGCGGAGCGUUUGACGGAGAAGAAAUUUCAAAUACGCUUGAUUUGGAGGAGCGGUACAACUGGACAGGGGCACUUAUUGAAGCGUCGCCGCCAAACUUUGAAUCUUUGCUCACCCGAAACCGAAAGUCAAUCCUCAUUCCAGCUUGUCUCAGUCUCGAGAAGAAACCAACAAAAGUAAAAUUCUUGCACAAGGGCACAGUGGGCAAAAUCUUCAACUCUUCCGAACAUGGCGGAAAAGAGCCAUCGUUGAACCAGAAUGAAAAGAUGAUUGAGGUGUUGUGCAUGCCCUUCUUCACCAUCUACAAGGCGCUGGACCGGCAAGAGGUUGACCUUUUUGUGUUGGACAUUGAAGGCCAUGAGAAUGAGGUCCUCCACACCAUUCCCUUUGACAAAACCAACAUCUUGGUCCUCAUCGCCGAGUUCAGUCACGGAGUUAAGUUUUCCAAGGAUCACAUGAAAGAAUACAUGUUGAAACAGGACUACCGCCUUUACGAAGGGACAAAACAAAACUACUGGCCCAAAGAAAACUUCAUGUUCAUCAAGAAGGGCUGCAAAUAUGACAAGAAGCAUCCUUGAAUUUUAUAUAUGUUUCUACAAUUUUGUAUUGUUAUUUUUAUUGUUAUUUUUUAUAAUGCUUCUAAAGUGCUAAAUAAAAUAA